ACGUCUCGUGACUCAACAACGAGCGCCAAUGUGAGUGCGCACACCCACGCGUAAAGCGCGAGGCGUUUUCCAGAAAAACGCGUGGGACACGUUUUUUGGGUUUGACGCGGCGCGUUAAAAGUUGGCCGACCAAUGAGAUUAGCGCUUUUGUUCACGUGCCUCAAGCUGUUGAAGUUACAUUAAAACACGACUUGGGGGCGCUCAAGCACAAGACGGUCUUGCAAGAGCACACCUUGAUACCACGUUGAAGAGGUGAGCAGAGCAGACAAACAAGAUGCAGCGAGGAAAGAUGAACGUGGAGUUGCUGGUCUCUUUGGUUUCUGAAAACAAAGAGCUGUACGACAAACGAAACAGCGACUAUAAAAACAUCGACAAGAGGGAGUUGUUAUGGAUACGAAUUGCCGAUCAAAUAGGAUUCGAUGUGGAGGAGGUUAAACAGAAGUGGAAAAGCUUACGUGAUACAUAUAUAAGAAAAAAACGUGAGGAUGAUUGCAAAAGUGGACAGGCCGCUAAAGAAAAGAAGCCAUGGAAGUUCAUGAAGGUGAUGGAGUUCCUCGCGACAUCAACUGAGUUUCGAAGUGUUCACAGCAAUGUUUCUGAUGUAAACAUGGGUGGAGUGGAGGUACAAAAUGAUGUGAGUGACGGUGAGGAGGCACCAGCAAGUACAUGUUCCAGCUCAUCUAUCGCCGGCACUUCAACAGGAUCAUCCAUUGCCAGCUCGCCUAGAGAAUCAUACAGCACCAGCCCAAGUAUGACAAGGUCGAAAUUAGGGAAAAGAAAACUGUCCGAGACACCAGACUUCUUGGAGAGGUACCUCCUAUCCAAGGAAUCCAGAGAAAGAGAGAAGGAGGAACGAAAAAGAGAGAAGGAGGAACGAAAAAGAGAGAAGGAGGAGCACAAAAGAGAGAAAGAGGAGCGCAGAGAUCAACGAAAAGAGCAACUAAAAGAUGACAAUUAUUUAUUUGCUCUUGGCUUGGUACCCACACUUAGAAGGUUGUCUCCAGCACAACAGUCUUCGGUCAAACUGAAGAUACAUCAGCUGUUGCAUGAUGCUGAGUUUGGCCAGUCAUCUUCCUUAUUUUCGAAUCAGUCGCCUGUGUCGUACCAUCAGGUCACCCCUCAGACCCCAACAAACUAUGGCCACUCUGCUAGUACUUGGCCACACUGUUAAAUGGUUAUUUUACACAUUUUUUUUUUUUUUUUUUUUAUUGUUCAAGCAUCUGAGAAAUGUAGUUGAACAUGUACAUUUCAUAGGUUCAUUUGCACUACUGUUAACUUGAACUUCUGUCUUUGACUUAUUUGCUCAACAGUUUCCGAUAAUAAUCUAUUUUCUGGUAUAUGCCUUUUCAUCUAUGUUGUUUUAUUUACAUUUCCUGUAACAAUUGCCUGAGUCAUACCAUCAUGUCACCCCUCAGACUCAAACUAUGGCCGCUCUGCCAGUUCAUGAUCACACCGGUUGAUGGUUAUUUUAUACCCUUUAAUUUUUUUGUAUAGUUUAACAUGUAUGUUGUUUACAUUGUAUACAUGUUUAUUGCACUACCAUUCACUUCAACUUCUGUCCUUGUGACUUAUGCACUACAGUUUCUGACUACAACUGAUUUCAUGUACAUACCAUUUUAUCUGAUUUCUAAUUGUUUUCUAUACAUUUACCAUACCAGUCGCCUGUGUCCUACCAUCAGGUCAUACCUCAAAUCCCUCAAAAUUAUGGGUGCUCUGACAGUACUUGUUCAUGCCAGUCAAUGUCUAUUGUAUAUUUUUUCAUUUAAAUUACUGUUACUGUUUAUACAUUCAAUAUAUAGAGUACCAAAUGUAUAUUUAAUGUCAAUUUGCACAACCGUUCACUUAAACUUCAGUCAUUGUGACUUAUUUGCACUACAGUGUCUGAAUACAAAAUCUAAUUUCAUGUGUAUGCCAGUUCAGCUGUAUAUAUUUUAUUUUUUUGGUUUAUACAUUCAAGAAAUAUAUUUCAAGACGUCUCCUAAAUGUUUAUUUGCACUACUUUGGAGUUGCACUACUGUCAUUGUGACUUACUUGAACCAGUGUUUCAAACUCCUGUUUUAUUUUGCUGUUCGAUGUCUGAUUGUAUUUGUAAAUUGCAGAUCAUUCCAAAAAAUAAAUGUUUGAUUUUUCAAAAACGA